GCCGCCACCGCCGCCGGAGCCGCCUCCGCCGCGGGGCCCGCCCCCGGCGCCAGGGGCCGCAGCUGCGGGGGCGGUGGGGGCGGCCGUAGCGGCAAGCUCUGCAAGGACCGCGCCGCGCUCUGCGGCUCGUUGCCGAACCACCUCGACUGCAACGACGCCAGCAACGGGCUGGACCAGGGCUACGGCUCCGAGCGGUCGCCCGACGACGAGGAGGACGACGACGACGACGAGGAGGAGGAGGAGGAGGAAGAGGAGGAGGACGGCGAGGAGGCCACCUGCCACUGCGCCACCUACCCGUUCCUCAACACCGACUCUGCGUUCGAGGUGCAGCUGGUGAAGGGCAGCCGCGGCCUGGGGCUAAGCGUGUGCGGCGGCGCCGACUCGGCUGAGCGCUGGCCCGGCCUGGUGCGCGUCAAGCGGCUGUUCCCGCAGCAGCCCGCCUGGCUGUGCGGCCGCCUCCAGCCGGGGGACAUCCUGCUCGCCGCCAACGGCGUCUCCCUCGUUGGACUCACCGACUACCAAGCCCUGGAGGUCCUGCGGCGAACGCCGAGCCGCGUGUCGCUGCGCGUGGUGCGGCCUCCGGGCAGCCUGGUCCCCGUGCCGCCUCCGGCGCCCGGCCAGCCGCCGCCGCCCCCACGCCGCGACGCCCACCUCUCCCAGCAGCAGCUGCUGCCGCCGCCACCCUCGCAUGCCGACGAUAGUUCCAGGGAAUUUGAUAUUGUGCUGACCAAGGUGAACCGCAGCCUGGGCUUCACUCUGCGCAAGGAGGAUGAAAGUGUUCUGGGCCACUAUGUCAGAGCAUUAGUUCGUGAACCUGCACUUUCAGAUGGGCGUAUUCGGCCUGGUGACAAGAUAGUUGCGGUAAACGAUGUGGAUAUAUCUCCAAUGAGUCAUGAAGAAGCAGUAAUGUUCCUACGACAGUGUGGCGAUGUUGUCAAAUUACGUUUGUAUCGUGAUGAGAGCCAGACUCCAGUAUCUGCUCUUUCACCAACUGAGGAGGAGAAGCCAUUUAAACCAAAGCCUCUCUUAAGGAAAGAAGCAAGAGACAUGCUUACGGACUUAGCAGUGCGAAAGAUGUCACCUGGCGAAUCAAGCUACAGUGGUAGCAGGCUGCGCCGAGUGUCAGCUGAUUCUUCUCCCUGCUCUUCACCACGCAGACGUCAUCUCACAAGAUCUUCUCCUUCAGAAAACAAAGCUGCAACACUUGAAAGAAUGCCAGCUGGUCAAAAAUACAUGGUAUCGAGUCAGAGUCAGACGAGUACUUCAGACUCGUCUGAGGAGCACUCACAAAACAACAGCAACACACUGACAUGUUCGAGCAGUGCCGAUGCUGAUGCCGACUCCACACGGGCCAGAGGGCAUGCCAGCAGCUUUUCAUCAACAGCAGGAAGUGUGGGAGAGCCUGUCAAGCCCCUGAGGCCAAAUUUCCUCGAUCUCUGUGGAGCAGUGGGCAGCCUGACCCCACAGACGCGGAAACCGCGUCUGGUGUUUGGGAGCAGCGGGGAGGCUGAAUGGGAAGAGGAUGAGGGGGACCCACCUCCUGAGCCUGCACCUGGAAGUCCCUGCCCUAGGUACAGUAGCAGUUGCUGCAGCAGUAGUGGUGGCGGUGACAUAAUUCCACUAGCCACUGACUCUGUUGAGCCCAUGAGCAUGCCACCACUCUCAUCUACAUCAAGCACAAGUACUGCAUUCAGUUACCGUAAUCCAGCAUACCAGUCUGCAGUCGAUGCUACAGGGCAUCGCAAUCAGUCAGAUCGUGCAGGUACUGGAACUUCAGGGGCAGGUGCUGGGGGACUGCUGAAAUGGAAGGGAGUGGUUUUCACACCAGAAGACGGCAAUGGUCCCACAAAUGGAUUGCACUGUCUACCAGAAGCAGAAAGGGCACCAGAUGCUCACCUUCCAGCUGAUUAUGAACCAGGCGAUCAGAUAUUCAUGGUAGAGCUAACACGCGGCUGGAACAGCAGAUUAGGAUUCAGUCUACAAGGCAAUGGGCAACAUACCUACAUAAGUGCAAUUUAUGCUGACAGUGUAGCAGCCAAGGAUGGUCGCCUGCAGGCUGGUGAUCGAGUUCUAAUGGUUAAUGAUGAAAAUGUUGAGACCAUGAGUACAGCAGAUGUGAUUGACCUUCUAAGAAAAAUACGGGGGACAAUUGGCAUUACAGUUCUAAGGAAACAUAAACAAGAACUUACAACACCUACCACGUGACUUACAAAAGCUUAAAAAGAAAAGCUAUACUUAUUGUUCCGCUUACCAAGGAUAUUUUACAUAACAUCUGUUAAGCAUCUGUGUUAAAUUUUAUCUUGCAAACAAAGAUGUUAUUUUUAAAAUGUACAGUCACUGUAUUUAAUUAUACCUUGGCUUUCAGUAAAAGUUAUUUGCAAGAAUAAAUACCCUCUAAAAAGAAGGGGCAAUUAUUUCAACAUCUCACAUAAAAACAUGUACUUCCAGAUGAAACACUAAAUUGAAAGGCUAUGAACAUAUCUUUAUUUUUAGUACAGAGAUUGCCCUUUUCCUACAGAGUGUGCACGACUUGUAGCACUCAAAAUGAACUAAUUGCUAUGCAAUCAUGCGAAGAAAAAGCAAUGAAUUUACUUGCCAUUUUUCUAAAAUCUGAAAUGUUGGCUGGGUUUUUGAGAAGAGAACAAAUUCUUUUAAAUAUGCUUGCAUUCCAGUAAAAUGGUCUGAAACCAAUGUAUAUGGGAAUAGAAACAAAGUACUAUUAUUGAAUAGUAAAAUUUAUUUAUUCCAAUUCAAACUCUGGCUGAAGGCACACUCGAUCAUUUCAAAUAAUCAGAUCCUACAUAUCCAGUUCCUCCAAGCAGGAAGAGUUGCUUCAAGGGAGAGGAGCAAUGGAAAUGCAAAUCUUUUAAUGACUGUUCACAGUUUUUUUUAUUUUUCAGUAGUUCAAGAUUUUCUACAACUAAGCAUUUUCAGAGUUACAAAGGUGAAUGAAAAUACAGGAUUUCAGACCCUUGAUCGUUACAGUUAUUCACUGUACCAACUUAGCUCACAUCUCAGCCAGAAAUUUUAUGAUCAUUGAAAUAGAAUUUAUCAAAGGAACAUUUACAUUUCUCUCAUUGUGACACAAUCUUUCUGUAGUGACAAUUACGUCAAUUAAAAUGAUAGCAUCGAGGUGGUACUCUCCUACAGUGUAUUUCACAAGAAAUAAAAUCAGUUUCUUACACUUUGCUGUCUGAAGUUAAAUAUAUCAUCCAGUGUAGUAAUAGUAAAUAUAUGUGGAAUCUGUUGACCAUGACUGGCAACUAUAGCAGGCCAAAAAACUGUAACUCAGCCAACUGUGUUUAGAUGUUAGCAGUAUGUGUAUCAAUCUUUCCAUCAGAAAUUAUAAGCUGAGCAUUUAAAUAAGUGUAUUUUUAAUGGUGAAAUUACAGUCAGUCUGUGGAGAAGCAAUCUUGUAACAUACUGUUACCAUUAGUGUUUACUAUAGUGUUAAAUUAUUUAGUUAAUACGGUGAUUUAAUGACGCCUUCAAUGUCAUAUGACUGUUGCAGAGAAAUAUAUUUCAUAGAAAAAAUUGAGCUGUUUCAUAAGUUAUUUUUUCUGACUUCUAUAAAUGUGUAAAAUAUGCAAUAUUUUAUUGUGUUAUGUUACCCCAUUCAGAUGAAGAUGAUAUGAAUGUGUAUUGUCCACCUUAUUAUGACUGAACAGCUUACACAGAGUUUAAGUCAGUGCUUGUAAUAUAUAAAUGUUCAUUAUUUUUCUAAAGCACUUAAGUAUUUUAAAUAUGUCUACAGAUAAAUAUUUUGUAGUUCAGUGGUUGCAAGCUAUUUUGUGCUUCCAUUUAGUGUGAAGUAAAUAUCUACUCAGGCACUAGUUCUGUAUUACCAAAGAUAAUUUUUA